GCAUUGUGCCGUAUUUAUCUGAUGCCGAGAGCAAAUCUCUGUGCAGUGUUCACCAUCUUCAUGAAGGCACAUGAAGGCAUAAAAAAGAACCCCUCGAGACGAGCAUGUCGAUCAGACGCUUACAUAAGAUGACGUCGCUUAGUAAAACCAGGCAAACAUCCGCAACCCAAUUCGGCGUCAAGCUCAUCUCCAUCACUCCCCCAUCCUAAGGAACUCACUACCUUCGAAUCGAAUAAUCAUGGCCGAAGCGGGUGGUUGGAGCACGAUUGAAUCCGACGAGGGCGUCUUCACCUCGCUGAUCGAGAACCUCGGCGUCAAAGAUGUCCAGUUUGAGGAAUUAAUCUCGUUAGAUGCGGACACGAUCCGCUCGUUAAGCCCCGUCUACGGCGUCAUCUUCCUCUUCAAAUGGCUUCGCUCGCACCAGCCCGAAUCAACCGCCGCCCCAGCCGACGGCAGCUACGACACCUCCGCAUCCGAGUCGGUGUUCUUCGCCGCGCAGACGAUCCAGAACGCAUGCGGCACGCAGGCCAUCCUCUCCGUGAUCCUGAACCAGGACUCCUCCUCCCUCUCCUCAACAGACACUACGACCCCCCCGAUCGACAUCGGGCCUGAGCUCCGCUCCUUCAAGGACUUCACGACGGGAUUCCCGGCAGAGCUACGGGGCGAGGCGCUCUCGAACUCAGAGACCGUGCGCACAGCCCAUAACGCGUUCGCGCGAGCCAGCCCCUUCGUCGACGAGGUGGCGCGCGGCGCGAACGACGGCGACGGCGAUGUGUAUCAUUUCAUUGCGUACACGCCCGUCAAUGGGAAGCUGUAUGAGUUGGAUGGGCUGCAGCCGUAUCCGAUUAGUCAUGGGGAGUGUGCGCGGGCGCAGUUCCCGGAGAAGGUGAUUGAGGUGCUGCAGCGGCGGAUUGCGCGGUAUCCGGAGGGGGAGACGCGGUUUAAUUUGAUGGCGGUGACGAGGGAUUUGAGGGUGCAGGCGAGGGAGUUUGGGGAUCAGGAGAUGCUGGAGAGGGAGGAGAGGAAGAGGAGGGGGUGGGCGUGGGAGAAUACGCUGCGGAGGUCGAAUUUUGUGGGAUUCAUCGGGGAGAUGGUCAAGGGGGUGGCGGGGAUGAAGGAUCGAGAAGGGAAGUUUGACGAGUGGGUGGAUCAGGCGCAGGUGGAGACGCAGAGGAAGUUGAUGAGGAGGUCGUAGAGCUUGUGCUUUGGAGUAUAGGGACAGAAGGAAGACUGGAUGAAUGGAUAUUGAUACCUGAAGCAUCGUGGUGACUUACUCAUGCUCGUACAUU